AUGACUGGGCGGGAGAGGAAAGAUUGCUUUUUGCACAAAUCAAACGUUUUUCGGACAGAAAUAGGAAUCUUUGAUCUCUCUGUGGUUUCACUCGAUCUCUGUCUCUCUGCAAUUCCGCUGGUGUUUUUAGAUAAAGCGAAUUUUACAACAGUUAUAUUUAUACUAAGCAAAGGUUCAAAAAAGAAAACUACAUACAAAGUAGCAAUAAUGGGAUAUAUAGGGGCACAUGGAGUAGCUGCUCUGCAUAGGUACAAGUACAGUGGAGUGGAUCACUCAUAUUUAGCCAAAUAUGUGUUGCAGCCCUUUUGGUCUCGCUGUGUUAAUUUCUUCCCUCUUUGGAUGCCGCCUAACAUGAUAACACUAAUGGGAUUCAUGUUUUUGGUUACAUCUGCAUUGCUUGGCUAUAUAUAUUCACCUCAAUUGGAUUCACCUCCUCCAAGAUGGGUUAAUUUUGUCCACGGCUUACUUCUAUUCUUAUAUCAAACUUUUGAUGCUGUUGAUGGAAAGCAAGCAAGAAGAACAAAUUCCUCUAGUCCAUUGGGGGAACUUUUUGAUCAUGGAUGUGAUGCUCUUGCAUGUGCGUUUGAGGGCUUGGCCUUUGCGAGCACUGCAAUGUGUGGACGGAAUGCAUUCUGUUUCUGGGUUAUAUCAGCGGUUCCUUUUUACUGUGCUACAUGGGAACACUUUUUCACCAAUACCCUCAUUCUUCCAGCGAUAAAUGGACCUACUGAAGGCCUUAUGUUGAUAUAUGUGGGUCAUUUCUUCACAGCUAUUGUUGGUUCUGAAUGGUGGGCUCAACAUUUUGGAAAAUGUAUCCCUUUCUUGAGUUGGGUUCCAAUUAUAAAUGAAGUCCCGAUGUAUAAAGCCGUAUUGUUUCUGAUGAUAGUCUUUGCUGUUAUACCAACAGUCUCAUUUAACGUGUACAAUGUUCAUAAGGUUGUUCAAGCAAGAAAAGGAAAUUUGCUGCUAGCUCUGGCAAUGCUCUAUCCAUUUAUUGUGCUAUUGGGUGGAGUCCUCAUAUGGGAUUAUUUAUCACCUAUUGAUCUAAUUGGCAACUAUCCGCAUCUGGUCGUAGUGGGAACUGGGCUAGCAUUUGGAUUUCUCGUGGGAAGGAUGAUUCUGGCUCACCUGUGUGAUGAACCCAAGGGCUUGAAAACUAAUAUGUGCAUGUCUUUGUUUUAUCUGCCUUUCGCCAUUGCAAAUGCACUCACUGCCAGACUAAAUGACGGAGUUCCCCUAGUUGAUGAGUUUUGGGUUCUUCUUGGUUACUGUAUAUACACAGCUUCACUCUAUAUGCACUUUGCCACUACAGUCAUUCAUGAAAUUACAUCGGCCUUGGGAAUUUACUGCUUCAGGAUAACAAGGAAAGAAGCUUGA